CCUCUGACGUCACCGGAGCGGGGUUGUAAGGCCAGGAAACCACGCCGAAGCUAUUUCCGCCACAGCAGCGGAGGCUGCUCCCUUUCGUGUUCCUGCCCCGUAAUUGCAAGGUUUUUCAGUGGUUUCUCUGUUGCCUGAAAGUCCCGACGUUCUCCUCUUGGAUCUGUAAUUGCAUCUCGGGAACCCACAGCCCCUCGGCGCGUGCCACGCUCCGUGAGGACAGAUGCCUGCAUACAAAGGACGGCUUUGGCUGGGGGGAGCCAACGACGUGAUGAGUCGAACGCUGUGAAGAAAGUGGGGCUCAGAGAGGUUAAGGAUCUCCCCUGAGGUCACACAGCUGCUCACAGAUGAGCGACGGCUCCUCCAGCCAGCCCGGGACAGCCUCACCUCCAGUGACCUCCCUCCGACCUGCCCAAGCCGAUUGCCGCCAGGCUUCAGCCCUGGGGACCCCAUACCUUCCCGGGGAUCAGUGAGCACUCACUGAGCACCUGCGCCUGGGCACGGAAGCCACUGUCUCCAGGUUUAAUGAAAGCUCCGUCAGCAGGCACGAUCAGCUUUUCAGGGAUUGCGGAAGCGGCGGGCUCCCGCGUCUGCUGAGCGCCCACCACGCAUAGCCGCGGUGCGCCCCACGUGAAGUCGGGAAGCCAGGGGCGGCCGUGCCCCGGGGCAGUAAAGUCGACCACAGCCUCCCUUCGAGUCCCCACCGGCCCUUCUGAGCCCAGCUCCGCCUGUCCCGUGUCUGCCCUCAGUUAGGAGGGCUCGUCCCCAGCCUGUCCGCAGGAGGCCUCCUCGGGAAACGGGAGAUGGUGACUACCAGGAAAAGGACCCUCAAAGCGCUCGCCUUCCUCAUGCUCUUCAUCUUCCUCACCUCCUUCCUCCUGAACUACUCGCACACCAUGGUGGCCACCACCUGGUUCCCCAAGCAGAUGGUCCUGGAGCUCUCGGAGAACCUGCGGAAGCUCAUCAAGACCCGGCCGUGCACCUGCACGCACUGCGUGGGCCAGCGCAAGCUCUCUGCCUGGUUUGACGAGCGCUUCAACCAGACCAUGCAGCCGCUGCUCACGGCUCACAACGCUCUCAUGGAGGAAGAUACCUACAGAUGGUGGCUGAAGCUCCAGCGGGAGAAGAAGCCCAAUAACUUGAACGACACCAUUAAGGAACUGUUCAGCGUGGUGCCCGGCGACGUGGACCCCAUGCUGGAGAAGAGGUCGGUGGGCUGCCGGCGCUGUGCCGUGGUGGGCAACUCUGGCAACCUGCGCGAGUCCUCCUACGGGCCGGACAUAGACGGCCACGACUUCGUGCUGAGGAUGAACAAGGCGCCCACCGUGGGGUUUGAGGGCGACGUGGGGAGCAAGACCACCCACCAUCUGGUGUACCCCGAGAGCUUCCGGGAGCUGGGGGAGAACGUGAGCAUGGUGCUGGUGCCCUUCAAGACCAUCGACCUGCAGUGGGUGGUCAGUGCCACCACCACGGGCACCAUCUCCCACACCUACGUGCCCGUCCCCGCCAAGAUCAAAGUGAAACAGGACAAGAUCCUGAUCUACCACCCGGCCUUCAUCAAGUACGUCUUCGACAACUGGCUGCAAGGCCACGGGCGGUACCCGUCCACGGGCAUUCUGUCGGUCAUCUUCUCCAUGCACAUUUGCGAUGAGGUGGAUUUGUACGGCUUCGGAGCCGACAGCAAAGGGAAUUGGCACCACUACUGGGAGAACAACCCCUCGGCGGGGGCCUUCCGCAAGACAGGCGUGCACGACGCGGACUUCGAGUCCAACGUCACGGCCACCUUGGCAGCCAUCAACAAAAUCCGCAUCUUCAGAGGGAGAUGACGCCGCGCAGCGGGAGGAAGGGCCGCGCCACGCAGCGCCGCGCCUGCACCUGCGCCGUCUCCAGGCCCAGCACCGCCCAGAGCUGCUCUGUUGCCACAGCGCCGAGGGCCCGCCUCGGGGUGUACCCGGGUGCCACUCACAGCUUCGUGCACCCGGGCCUUGGGCGGCGUCCACUCAGCAAGGUGGCUCGGCUCAGAACCUGUCUCAGGUGGGGCGGACGCCCCCGACGGCUGCCCUUGGGGGAGACCCUGGGGAAGGUCCAGUCUCUGGACACUAAUCAUUUUGGCCUCUAGGGCAGCAGGGUGACAAACCUGACAAACCCUGGUGACAUCCCCCAAGGAGAUGGGCUGGGCAUGCCUGUGACCUCCACACUGGGUCCCGUGGGCACAAAGCCUGGCUUCUCGCUUGGUGUGGCCCUUGUCCUCGUCACUCCUUCCUUGCCACACCCUACGGAGAGGCCUCUGACCCCACGGGGCUUCCCAGAAACUUAGUGAUGUGUUUCUGAUGGGAGCAGGUGCCUCUUCUGAUUGGAGUCAUCAGACUCCGUGGUUCUGAUGAUGGCCAAGCGCAGAGCUGAUGGCUUCCAUGUGCCUUGGUAUUGGGGGGGAAGAAACGCAUGUAUCGGCUAGAAUGAAGCAGAAGGCCCCACACGGGGCAGGGGCCCCUCCCCCAGCCAGGUCCCCUGGCCCAGCCCCACGGCCCGGAGCAUCUUUCCCAGGUUCCUGAGCCAGUGCCUGGAGUGGGACAAGGCUCAGAUGCCAUUUGGCGCGGCUCCAGUGCCAAUUGGCUGUAGAAUGUCCCCCUCUGAUUUUCACGUGGUUGGGUUAGGAGCUCAUCCAGGGGCCCUGGCAUAGCCGGCGUCCUCCCCACAGGCCUGAGUUCUGGGCCCAGGCGCUGCUGGCUGCCUCUGUGGAGUCGGGGACCCCGGGGCCAAGGAGCGGCUGAGCAGCGGGGACUGGCACAUACCUCAUCCCCUCGUCCCCACUGCUUACUUUCUUCUUCCUCAGCCUUCCUGAUUAUUUAUUGAUUUCUUCAUUCAUUCAACUGACAUUGUGUGCACCUGUGUCCAUGCUGCUGGUGCCAGUGUGUCCUUCAGCUUGCUCUUACCCCACCCCCAACCCCACCUCGGCAGCGGGCGGCCGGGGGCCCUACCGCAGGCUCAGUGUGUCUGGGGCACGUCUCAUGAUGUCAGCUCAGCAGGGUCCUGGGAUGCUGUGUGCGCUCCACCCGGCCCGCCUUGGGGUCUCCCCGACUCAGCGAAACCUCCCUGGGGCCGGGUGGGCGGCAGAGCCACAGGCAUCGGGGAACCGUGAGGAUUGGCUCAGUUACCGAUGUUGGGUCAGAAAAACCGUUUUUGCUGCAGAAAACGUUUCCUGAAAGGAGGCUGCUGCUGGGGGUGGGGUGGGGGUGACAUUCUCCCGGGGCGUGUGGGAGGGGUGAAGGGAGCGGGCUUGGGAGCCCUGGGCCCUGCCCGCCUCCACUCAGGGUCCCCCACAGGCAGCAGUGACAGGUGCUCCAGGGCCUCCGCCAAGGCACAGCGCGUUUCAGGCCGCUCAGAGAUCCCUGGCAACCAGAGAUCCCAGCAGGCCAGGUCUGUGAGGUUUCCCUGAGGGUGUACACGGGCACAACUUGGCUGGGAAGAGCUUCCCUGGCUUUCAUUAGAUUCUCAAAGACUUGGAGUCCAGAAAGUGGUUUUUCUUUUAAAAAAAAAUCUCUCUCCCAAACGUAACACCUGCCCUGGCUGAUGCAGGCUGGCCAGGCUCUCAGCCGGGCUGGGGGUCUGAUUAACCCCCCAGGACAGACUUGACCGAAGUGGGCACCAGGGCAGAGAGCCACGGUGAACCCUGAGUCCCCCCCUUCCCCUAACAGCUGAGUCUGUGUAGGGAUCCCAGGUUCAGGGUGAGCAGUGGCUGCUUUGGGUCCCACUGAGCAUGCGUAGGUCCCUCAAAGUGUCCAUGGCGGCCCUGGACGCUGCCUGGGCAUCUGUGUCCCUGUGGUCUCUGUCACCCUCCAUCCUGCUAGGAGCUCCCAGCGCAUGAAUCCAGCUCUCCCAUUUCACAGAUGAGCAGUGCCCCCAUCGAAAGUGGCAGCAGCGCACCAGCUGUGACAGCACAAGUCAAACAGACCCUGAGCAAACACAGGACCCGCUGGUGCCAGAGCUGUGUGUGGCCACCAAGCCUGCACCCAGCAGCCCGGCCAGCCCGGCUCCACUGUUCCCAGGCCCACCCCACUGGCGGAGACGCCCCUCGCUCUCCCCCACGGCCCGGCCUGCUGUCCUCAUCAUGCACUUGGAUUCUUUCUCAGGGUACAGUCUCCAAAACUCCCUGCAACCUCAUCUGUGUGUCUCCUGGGCUCAGCAGUGAGCACCCAACGGCUUCACAGCCUGGCGUUGGGGCCGGAAGUAGAUGCACCGCUGGCUGCAGCCGACCCAACCCUCCCCGGGGCAAGGUGGUUGAAGCCCACAAGAGAGCAUCUCGCAGAGGGUGCUGGGGCUGCCGUGGGUGGGAGGAGGCGGAAUCCCGGGGCCAGGCAGGUGCUCAGCGUCCACCCUACACACACACAGAGCCCGGGGAAUGGCAGGGUAGCCCCUCUGAAGCCCAGGGCUCUGAAAACAGCACCCAGAGCCAUCCUCGAGGUGCCGACACCUGCAGAGCGCCCCAGCCUCCAGGGCAGAAGCCAAGCCCACCGCUGCCCUCUCCCACCCGUCGGGGGAGGCGGGGGCCAGUGGGAAGAAGAAAGCCCUUCAGUGGAUGCCUUUGGAAGCCCCUGAUUGCCAGGCACCAGUAAACCCUGUGGGUUGGACUCAGUGGGAGAAGCCAGGAAGAUUAGCAGGACCCUGGCUUGAGAAAGCAGACAGGGAACGGUGGCAGGCAGGUAGGGGCUGUGGCCGGAGGGGUCCCCGGAGGCCAGUACUACCUCCUUGUGAAUUGGGCCUCUGGGUAAAGGGGGACAGAACCACAGAGAACACUGACAGCCAUGAUGGCUGUGUUCCCUGCUGUGCAGGUGGCCCGAGAGCCCGUGAAACAGAGACCAGGACAGAACUCAUUUUCUCUCGCCUGGUUAUGACUGGAAGCCCGCGUCCUGGGCAGCCGCGAUGCAUCCUGGUCCAGCCACGGGUGCCGGAGCCUGGGCAUCGGUGGCUGUGCACGCCCCACUGCAGGGCUCCUGGGGUAUCUCCGUGUCCACGGUGGGCGUCUGGUUCAGAGCAAGCCCUGCCUCCUGCCCCCAGCUGCUCCCCCACCCAUCCCCCCCGCAGGUGUCCCUCCUCUUGCCAUGAGAACACCAGCCCUUGCAGCCCCCGCUGGCACCUGCACCUGUGCUGGGCAAAGCAGGGGGUGGAGGGAGGCAGCUUCUUGCAGAGCAGCCCCUCCGUGGGCCAGGCUGUGAGCAACCUCCCUGCCCAGCGGAAGAGCACGGAGCCCUGUGCCGGCAGCGGUGAGCCAGCUGUCACUUGGUGUCCAUCCCAGAUGACUGCGGGCUCCUGGGCCUCCCCCUGCGCACCUGCUUCAGCCCCUCCCCAGCUCCCCUUCACAGCCAAAGUCUCUUGAGCACUUUUCGUCUUUGUGGUGCGAGUGUCUGGCAUUUCCCACGGGGCUGAUUUCUGCCCCCCCCCCCCCCACACUGCUCGAAGGCAGCUGGGUGUGGGUUGAUCUGGGUGUGUUCUGAAUGACAGUAGCGAGUCUGCUUCCCCCAGCCCCUGCUGUGUUUUAUUUAUUGUCAAAUAUUUCCAAUGAUCCGAAUCAAAGCGAAUAAAGA